AUGCAAGUGUUCCGUCGUGUCGGAUCGAUAAUUCACAUCAAUUUCUGGACUUUUCUCCUCAAUUUCAUCGUUUUGUACGCGUUUUGUAAGUUAUGCGCCUUUAAAUCGAGCGGAUUACGGUAAUAUUUGCAGAUUUCGUUUCGGAACCGAUAAUAAGCAUUAUCGGGACGACAAAACGUGGAUUCUUCUGUGUGGACCCGUCGAUUCAUUACGAGCAAAAGCGGGAACAAGUGCCCACUUUGCACCUCCGAAUUUACAGUAUUUUAUUGAUUUUCUGCACCGUCAUCCUUGUGGAAGCCUUUCGGAAUUUCUAUUGUCCGUCCGAAGGCGAAAAGCCAACUUUUAAAAUCGGAAAAUGGAAUGUUCCACAAUACCUGGUCACAGUUGUCACUUUUCUGGGUAAGCUACGGGUCUCGCCACGAAAGCAAGUGCGCCCUACCGCACUUUCGAAGCGAGAAUGCGUCAUUUCGCACUUUUAUCUCUCUUCAGGUUACAACCAAGUGGGCUUCAUAAUGAACGAAGUGCUCGUAAAGUACGUGAAAUCGUUCGUGGGCCGUCUCCGUCCCUACUUCCAUCAAAUCUGCAAUCCGCUUCCCAUCGAUAACUGCUCCAUCCACCCCCAAAAUGCGAACACUUUUGUGCUCGAGUACACGUGUCAAGGACACGCGGAAGAGGUCGACGAAGCACGGAAGAGCUUCUACAGCGGACACUCGGCCACGGCCAUGUUCUCGGCCUUCUGGGUUGUGCUGUACUUGCAAGCACGCCUCAAGCCGGCAAUCCGCAACAAUGUGCUCGUGGCUCUGUUGCAAACUUUGGUCAUGAUCGGAGGAUUGUUCAUUUGCUGCACUCGCAUCACCGACAAUAAACACCAUUGGAGCGAUGUCGCCGUCGGAAUUGCGGUCGGAAUGGCCGUCGCCGCUGGUGCCGUGAGUUUUUUGGGAAGCGAGUUCAUUCGAUUCCUCGCUUCUUUCUAAACAUUUUUGAUGUUGGGACCAAGAAUGUAGCACCCCGAGUCAUAGAGAAAAAAUGUAUGCCUUCCAAUUCCCAUAUCUCAGCUACCGGUUGAGAUAUCGAAAAGUUGUCAACUGAUAAAAGGUGCAAAAUGUCCUUUUGAACAAUUUAUCAGUUGACAACUUUUCGAUAUCUCAACCGGCAGCUGAGAUAUACUGUCAUGAAUAUACGGUAUGGGGGUUCCAUUCAAGUGUUUUCUUGCAGGCUGUCUGGUGGGGAAAACUGUUCGAAACGGCGGAAGUCGGCGACGAUGUGGAGGAGGAGAAACCAUUGGAGGAAGAGAUGAAAGCGGAUGUUUAA